AUGAUAAGCAAAGGACGAUUUAUUUUUCUAUUUUAUUUUACAAUUGUUUCUUCGCUUAAAAUUGUAAUAAAAUUUAUGAGAAUUAAAUUAGAUAUAUGCAAAUUUUGUGUUUCUUGGAAAAAAAAAAUUUUCUUAAAUAUUUCAGUGGAAGAAUUAGCGAAAGCUGGCAUAACAAUUUUAGUUGGUCCUCCAAAUGUGGAAAUUUCCAAUAUUCUCGAUGCGUUAAGCGUCGAUUAUGGAAUAACAUUUCUCAGCUAUUUUUGGGAAUCAAAUCCGUGUGGUUAUCAUAGAAAUGGCUAUAAUUUAUUUCCAACUCAACAAUAUUAUAAAGCACUUUUUCGAGUGCUCGAUUAUUGGCAGUGGGAACGAACUGUGAUUGUUAUCGAAAAAUCUAAUACUUUCUGUCGUUAUAAAGAUUUUAUUGAAAAGUCUAAUAAACAAGUAAUUUUAUUGGAAAUCGAUGAUGAUUCUCAUCAUGGAUUUCUAAGAGCGGGGAAAUUAAUUCGAGUAAUUUGUGAUCAAACGAACUGUUGGAGAAAUUCAAAUCGUCUAUUAGUCGAUUUAUCGCCAAAAAAUACGUAUAAAUUUUUGCGUACUGCACUUAUGCUUGGAAUGAUUAAUUUACGAAAUUGGUACUUAAUAACCUCACUCAAGAAUUUAGCUAUUUUUCAGCAGCGUUUUUUAACUGUAACUUCCAUAGAAGAGCGACCAUAUUUAAUGCAAAAAACGUUGCCUAAUGGACGAAUAAUUUUUGAAGGAUUUUGCGUUGAUCUACUCGAUAAGCUUGCUGAAAAUUUAGAUUUUGAAUAUAAAAUAAAUAUAGUAAAAGAUGGAAAAUAUGGUGAACAAAUCAAUGGAACUGAUAAAUGGAAUGGAAUGAUUGGCGAAAUACUUAGCGGGAAGGCUGACAUGGUUGUAGCACCUAUUACGGUUACCGCAGGGCGACUUGAAGUUGUCGAUUUCACUGAUCCGUUUUUGCAACUCGGAAUUUCAAUGCUAAUGCGUCAACCUAAUCGAACAACUUCAUCUUCAUUAACAUCAUUCUUAUGGCCGCUUAGUGGUUCGGUUUGGAUGUAUUCAGUUUUUGCUAUAAUCGGCACAGCAUUAUCUGUUAUAUUAAUUUCAUUAUUGAGUCCUUCAGAAUCAGCGCAUGAAUUUGGCAUUAUGAAUAGCGCAUGGUACUUAAUUUGUAUCUUAUUGCGUGCUGGUUCGGGAUAUAAUUGCCAAUCGUUAUCAAAUAGGAUUAUCAGUGCUAUUUGGUGGUCAUUUACGUUAGUUCUUUUCGCUCAAUAUACAGCAAAUUUUGCAGCUUUAUUAACUGUUGAAAGAAAAUCGAUGCCAUUGAAUUCAUUCGAAGAGUUGGGCAAUCAAACAGAGUAUGCGUUUGGCUCAAUCUUAGGUGGAUCAACGAUGCAAUUCUUUAAACAGUCUCGUCUUGAAAUUUUUCAAAGAAUUUGGAGUCGAAUGGAAAGUACAACGCCAUCCGUUUUUGUUCAUUCCAAUAAUGAAGGCGUUGAAAGAGUAUUAAAUGAAAAAUAUAUAUUUCUUAUGGAAUCCGCAUCAUUAGAAUAUCAGCUAACACAAAAUUGCAAUUUGACUCGAGUUGGCACGGUCGUUCUAGGUUCCAAAGGUUAUAGUAUUGCAGUUCGUAAAGGAUCGAUUUGGCGUGAACGAUUAACAAGGCAAAUACUCGAUUUUAAUGAAAAGGGAAUUAUUUUGAUGUUAAAAUCAAAUUGGUGGAAUAACGCGCAAAUGAAUUGGUUCUCUCACCAAAGAAUUUCACUUAAUAGUCAUAUGAAUUUUUUUCAUAAUCACAGCCAUUUUUUUCGCUCAAAAUUAUAA